AUGCUUCGUUACCUCGUUCUUCUCUUGAUUUCUCAAUUAGUUCAAGGUUUUGUGGUUUUUUAGAAGCGUCUUCACGUUUUUUUCUGAUUUAGGAGAUUUCCAAUGCCCACCUGGAUUCACGGCAAUCACUAGCAAAUGCAUUCAAGUACCUAAAUACAGACUUGAGUUUCAAUAAAAACGGAUUGAGGUAAUAACGGUCAAUUCUCCACACUCCGCUGCGGUUUCCAAGUGUUCAGACCUUGGUGGAAAGUUGGUUUCCAUCCACAAUGCGAUUGUGAGUUUAAAAGAUCUCCAACUUAGUUAAACUGAUUUUGAAUGAGAUAUCUAUUGAAGAAGCUACCUAAACCUGAAAUGUUCAAACUAUACAAUAGAAAAACUACCUUCUUCAAGGAUAGAUAUCCUCGAUUUUUUGUUCAAACCUAAAAUGUGACGAGCAAAAACCCUCGAUUUUGAUGAAAAUAUCGAGAUUAACGUCAUCGAUCGUUCUGGAAUCAACUGGUACCAUGAAUAAUGUCAUAUUCAUGAGAAGAAAUCAAAUGUAAAACUCAGGCACUGAAAUCUGACUUUAUACAUAGACUGAUUAUUCCGAUCCAAUUUUUUCAUUAAUCUUUGAAGAAAAAUUUAAAAAUCUCAAUGUAGGACAACAACGGGGUUAUCAACGCAGCGAACGGAGUAACAAACCCUCUGUGGAUCGGAUUGAAAUGUGCAGCAAGCCAGGCUUCUUCGUGCUUCUGGGACGACAAUACUGGUUCUGCGGGCACCUAUAACAACUUCGUCAAGGGUAAGAAAUCGUAGAAAGUUUUCGACUCAGAAUUCCAAACAUCUUCAGGCUGGCCCAUGACGGAUAUCGGCAGCUGUGUUUACAUGUCGGUCACGGGCAAAAAUGCUGGCCAAUGGCUUUCCGGCGACUGUGACGCCAUGAUUCUUUCAUACGUUUGCGAGACCAAUCCAAUUGAUCCUGGUCAGUAUGUUUGGAGAAAAAUGAAUAACGAUCCGAGGAAAGUGUCCUAAAAAAUUGAUUGAAAAGGGUCUGAGAUUUGUACGGCAAUCUUUCAAAAAGCCUUACCUGGUUAGAGCAAGCUGCUAUUCACCCGAAUCUAACCGCCACGAUUUAUCCGCGAUUCAAAUCGACAAAAAGUUUUAUAUUUGCAAUUCAGGCAACACGGGGUGUGGAGACUACCAGUUUGGGGACAAGUGCUAUUUUCCAUACGCCUAUGAACUCGACGAAACCGAUUCUCGGGUCGUUUGUCAGCAGACUUGUGCCGACCUUGUCUCAAUUCAUUCUAUGGAUGUACUUUUGGAAUCUUGGGAAAACUAAGAAAUAAUAUAUUAAGGAAAACAAGUACAUAAACACCCUUUUUGGCGCCAAUUCUCCAGCCUACAUUCGAAUCGGAGCUGCCAACGUAGGGGGAAACACCUAUGUCUGGUUUGACGGAACACCUUUCGAUUUUUCUAAUAUUGGUGAGCAUUGUGAGUUUUUUUCUUUUGUUGAAAUUCAUUUGUAGGUCUGUCGAACGCUCAGUUAGGGUCUUGUAUGUCGAUGUCGAUGCAGAACGACUUGGUCAAGCAGGGCCAAUGGAUCAGCAGCCAUUGCGAGACGACUCUUCCUUUCGUUUGCUCGAGAAGUUUCUUCGAAAUGAAAUCAAUAUAUCAUAAGCCUAACAUCAAGGAAAGUCGGUGAUUUGUACGGCGACCACUCCUGUACCCACUCAAACACCACUUCAAUGUACCUCACCUUUCAUUUAUGAAGGAAAUGGAACUGUAAGUCUCCAGUCAAAUUUCUUAAAUCCGAGGAAAACGAUUGCAGUUCUUCUCCCCUGGAUACCCCAACACCUACGAGGGACAAGCUAAUACGUGUAACUACAUUUUGUAUGUACCCAGCAUGGCUACAGUUGCUGUCAACUUUCCUAUUUUCAACCUUGAUGCGGUUUUGUCAAAACUGAAAAAUGAGAUUGAAGAGAAGAUUACAGACGAGCCGCGUGGAUCUCUACAAUCAAAUUGAGGACACCAAGCCCUUUAUCACGUAAAGUUUUACCAAAAUUGCUUUUCUCUGUGUUUGCAGAACAAGUUCAAAACGUGAAUCAAAGUUUUUCGAGAAACCGAUAUCACAGAAAGAUUAUACAUUAUUUUUUUCGUUUUUGCAAGCUUCAAUUACUUCAGAGACUCGCAGCUUUCGAACAGAAGUAAAAAAAAUGUUUUAGUCCUCUUUUCUUUUGGGGAUUAUUCAGAUUUUAUUUCCAACACGUUGUUGUCUCCUCAACCUUUUCAAUAAAAAUUCCUAGGAAGAGCCCUUGAAAAUUUGUUUAAAAUGAAUUUUGCAGUCUUUACGGAACGGUGAACCCAAAACUUUGGUUCAAUUCGACGACAAACACAAUGAGAAUGGUUUUCCGGACGAGCGGAGACCAGGCCGGUCAGAUCUUCCGUUGGCAGGCCAAGUUCCAGCCAAGCUAUCCUGGAGGCUUCACAGGUAAGAAAGAAUAAUACCAACUCAAUCAAUAAAAGAAAACGAAGUCUGAGUAUGGUUCGAGUUCGUUUUAGCACAAAUUCUAAAAUGAAGAUAAAUUGUUCAGGACUUCCCCCAGUAACCGUCACACCAGAUCCAUACAACCCGAGCGGAUGCAAUGCCACGGCUCUUUAUGCUCCUGGAACUGUAACUCACUUUUAAUCGAUAAUUCAUUAGCUUUAUUUCAAGAUCACGUCGCAAAACUACCCAAAUCUCUAUCCAAAUUAUUCCGAGUGCAGAUACCUACUGUCAACUGCUGGUGGAUAUCGGUGAGACUCAGUUGAAACUUGUGAAAACUUGAAAAAAAUAGAUAUUCAAGUUUGUGUUUAAAAAAACUUCAUCAUACGCAAUUGAGUUCUCGCUUAAAUCAAAACUACGAAUAAAUAGACUCAAAAUGAUACUCUGUUACAAAAAAAAGUCGAAAAUUUUGCUAUUGUUUCAAACAUCGAUCUUUUCAAUGAUGAAAAGUCGAUAAAUGAUAGCAGAAGGCGCUUGCGGCGGAACUUGUGCGCUCUAUGGAUAGUUUCAACGAUUUUAUGUGAAAUUCAACCAUUCUUUUAUAACUUUGGUUUCUUUUUUUUGAUAGUUUUUUCACCCUAUCCAGCGGCUUGUUUGAAGCUUUUUUAAAUUUCUUACUCACUAUGAAAAUAUAAUCAUGGAAAAAUUAAGAGUCCAUCUGAACUUCCAAAACGUCGACACAGAGCAAUGUUGCGACAUAAUCGUUGUCCGCGACGGUCCAAAUCUUUCCAGUCGCGAAUUGGGGAGGUUACUCUAGCAGUAAUCGAAACCAGAAUGAAAAUUGACUUUCAGAGUCAGCGGCCACUACCCACCCAACGCCCAACAGUUCACCUCGACUUCCAACCAAAUGCUCGUCACUUUCAGUUCUGACUCGGCCGGCCAAGCCACGGGAUUCAGUGCUAAUUUCGAAGCUGUUUGA